AUGUCGCUUCAGCAGCAUGAAAUCAAGCUCCACAACGGCGCAAGGGAGUUCACAACCUUGACCAAUCUCACGCAGACAGCAAUAACCCAACAGAAGUUCGACCGUGUGAUUUUCCUCCUCCACGGUUUCCCCGACGUCAACACCACCUUCAACAAAGCAUGGCCCUACCUCGUCGCCCACUACCAAACGCGCAACGAGACGGUCUUACUCCUCGCUCCCAAGUUACGCGGCUACGAACCGUCGAGCGUGGGACCCGAACACGAGUACAUGUUACCUUGUAUCGCUGACGAUGUCAAAUGCUGGAUCCAUGAAGUCAUUCAGGGGGAGGGGGAUAAACCGGUGCAUUUAUUGGGGCAUGAUUGGGGCGCGAUCGUGGCGUUCAAGGUCGCGAACUUGUACCCUGAGCUCGUUGCGUCCAUUGCGUGUUUGGCGAUUCCGUAUUUGGCGAAUUUGCAUGUGUGGGAAUUGGCGUGGUUUGCGCCGGAGCAGAUUUAUAUGAGCUCGUAUUUCUUGACUAUGCAGUACGGGUGGCUCUAUCGUGGGAAGUUGCUCGGCAAUGAUGGUGGUGAUGAUUAUUUGCGUCGUUUGUGGAGGUAUUGGAGUCCCGGGUACGAUGCGAGUCAGGGGGAGAUCAAGGAGAUUCGAGAUGAGUUCAGGAAGGAAGGGGUGGUGGAUGCGGUCACGGCGUAUUAUCGGCACUUGUUCCGGCCCGUGUCGCUUUGGAAGCUGCGUUGGGCCGUGGAUUUCGCCAAAGUGCCAGCGUUGAUCAUGUGCGGCGAAGAUGACGGGUGUAUGUCGAAGCGGAUCUUGCAGUACGAGGAGAAAAAAUUGAAGGCGGAUUAUCCGAGGGCUCAAGUUAAGUUGUUGCCGAAAGCGGGGCAUUUCCUCCAGAGGGAACAGCCUAAGGCUGUUGCUGAGUUGGUGACUGAUUUCUUUGACUCAUUUGCAAAGUAG